AUGUACACCCCGCCGACAGGCCGAGGAAGGCAUAUGGUGCUGCCUGCGUGGAUGACGCGAGGACAGCAGCCUACAACAGGAAUGACUGCAUGCUCCUCCUCCCAGGGGCAGAGUGUGUUUGCCACUCCUGCGGUCGCAACGCCUCCUCCGUUCCCCGUCGUGGCAGCAGCCCCUGCUGCUGCUGCUGCAGCAGCUGCAGCAGCAGCUGCACCCGCUGCUACAGUCACCGCGUCUUCUCCCCAGCCCGUAGUUGCCUCUCCUGCAGCUCCUGCCAAUAGUAGUCCUACACGGGGGAGUGAGACGCAGGGAGCCAGCCCUUCGGGAGGAGGGCCAAUGGGGAGAUGGAUGAAGACGCGAUCGCCUCCCCCAAGGAGAAGCAGCAGGGAGAGAGAGAGGGAUCGAGAACGGCAGAGGGAACGAGAGAGGGAGCGAGAACGCGAGAGAGAACGAGAACGCGAGAGAGAACGGGAGCGAGAGAGAGAGAGAGCGAGGAGGCGGAGCCGCUCUCCGCCAAGGAGAAGCGUUAGGGAGAAGGAACAUGGAAGGGGCAGGGACAGGAGAAGAAGCAUCAGUAGUAGCAGCCCGAGUAGUAGGAUUUCAGAUGAUGGGCUUAGUGCCGCAAUGCUUGCAGACAGGCUGGUGGAGGCUAGGCAAAUGCCUUCUCGGAAGCGAGAGGAGAACAGGGAUGCCUUCAUGAGUUGGCUCUGCCCGGAGGAUUUCUAUUCCGAGGAUCGGCAGGGUACUGCUGCAACUCGGGACGACUUUGUCGACAAUUUGAUAGAUUUCCCCCAUUCUGUCCGCGUUACCAAGCGGCUCGUAGCCGAGGAGAACAAGGACCACUCCUUCUGCUUAGACUUUGAGGAGAUUCAAGAGGGCAAGAAUCAGAUAAACCUGUAUGAGUGCCGCCACGGCAAACUGACGCGCGUAUACGCCUUCAGAGACAGCGAGGAGCUGACUCGGGAGAAACUCUCUUUCGGGGAGCUGAAGAAAACAAGGAUAUAUCAAAAGGCUUUCAAGUAUUUUACGAAGAAGGGAGUCCGUGAGGACGCCAAGCUUGUAUAUCAUGACUAUCUCAACGACCCGCAAAUUCGGCCACGGGGUUGCAGAGGGGUGGGUGUGCAGUUUAAAUAUCCUGCGGUAAAACCAGAAGGGCCUUUAAAGAAAAGGCAUGUUGAGAGGCCUCAGGGGUCGCCUGAAGGGCUGCCCUCUGGCGCAACGGUCUCUAAGGAUUCCUCAGCACAUCAUCCUCACGAAAGCCCCCAACGGCCUUUAGAAGGUCGUAAAUCGUUUAACAUAUUCGCGAACACCGUAAAUCUAAACCAUUUAGAUCUCGGUAUUAGCAAGUUUCUCCAUGUUUCUGGCCUGUUGUUGCCUUUUAAUUAUCGGUACGAACGCAAAAAUGGUGGGGGAGGACCCUCUCCGCCACACGAUGCGGCUUGCCUCUGUGGAAGCAGCCGCAAAGGAAACCUUGGAGGGCUCUGCAGCUAG